AUGUCCUCUCCCGCAAGCGUCUCCCACGUGUGGGACACGCAGUAUGACGCAGCCACAAUCCUCACGCUCGUGACAGGCACCUGUCUGGUGCUGAUCAUGUGUUUCGGGCUAGCGUACCUCUACUCGGGGCUCGCCCGGCGCAAGUCGGCGCUCCACAUGGUGUUCUCGGUCUUCCUCAUCCUCCUGAUCUCCAUCUUCCAGUGGUACUUGUGGGGCUACUCGCUCGCGUUCUCGGCCACCGCGUCCAACAGGUUCAUCGGCAACCUGCACAACUUCGGCUACAUGCACCUCGACCAGGCGCUGGUGGUGGACGCCACGCACCACCCGCAGGGCAUCCCGGAAAUGGCCUACGCCAACUUCCAGGGCAUGUUCGCCUCCAUCACCGCCUGCAUCUACAUCGGCGCCCUCUGCGAACGCGGCCGCAUCCUCCCGUUCAUCCCCUUCACCUUCUGCUGGCUCACCCUUGUCUACUGCCCCGUCACCUGCUGGAUCUGGAACUCCUCCGGCUGGGCGUACCGCUGGGGCGUCCUCGACUACGCCGGCGGAGGGCCCGUCGAGAUCUUGUCCGGCUUCUCCGGCUUCGUCAUCUCCUACUUCCUCGGCCCCCGCAAAGAGCACUUGAUGAUCAACUUCCGGCCCCACAACGUGUCCCUCGUCACCAUCGGCACCAUGCUCCUCUGGUUCGGCUGGCUCGGCUUCAACGGCCUCACCUGCGUCACCCCGUCCCUCAAAAGCGUCUACGCCAUCAUGAACUCCAACCUCUGCGCCGCCUUCGGCGGCUUCACGUGGGUCUUGCUCGACUUCUACAGAACAAACCACUGGUCCACCGUCGGCCUCUGCUCGGGCAUCAUCUCCGGCCUCGUCGCCGCAACCCCGACCUCCGGCAUCAUCCCCCUCUGGGCCUCCGUCGUCCUCGGCAUUCUCUCGGGCUGCAUCUGCAACUUCGCCACCAUCUUCAAGGUCUGGUUCCAGGUCGACGACGCCUUAGAUGUCCUCGCCGAGCACGGCAUCGCCGGCGUCCUCGGCCUCUUCUUCAACUCCAUCUUUGCCGCAGACUACGUCAUCGGCUACGACGGCUACACAGAACAUCCAGGCGGCUGGAUCAACCACAACUGGAAACAGAUGUACAAGCAAAUCGCCUACAUAGGCGCUGUUGUUGGCUACUGCUGCGUCGUCACAGCCCUCCUCUGCUAUGUCCUCGACAAGAUACCCUACUGCAAGCUCCGCGCAGACGAGGACGCCGAGGAAAUGGGAAUGGACGAGGACCAGAUCGGCGAGUUCGCCUACGACUACGUCGAGGUCCGCAGAAACUUCUUUGACGUCAACGGCUUCGAAGGCGUCGUCCCAGAGUCUCCGGCACCGCAAACCAGGCCUGUUUCCAACGCCUCCGACCAGGAGAAGACCGCCGACGACUCUGUCGUAUGA